CCCCAAAAUUUCUACAGUAGUUUCUUUUCACUUUCCGGCUUUCCCAUUCAAAUCCAAAACAUUCCUUUGACGGCUCAACGCCCACCCAUUCAAAUUCCCUAUAAAUACACCCUCUCAUAACACCAUACCAUCCAAUCUCAUCAUCUUUUCAACAUUUUAUCCUUAAUUCCAUAACAAAAACAAUCCAAUUUGAUAAUACCAGUCUGUACUUUGUGCUAAUGGGCUACCAGAAACAACCCGAGUUGAACGGGGCAUACUAUGGCCCCUCGAUCCCACCACCACAACAACCUCGAUCUUACCACAGGCCAGGGAAGCGAGGCUCCUCCGGCGGCUGCUGCUGCCUCUUUGACUGCCUUUGCGGCUGCAUCAUGAGUUGCAUCUGGACUAUUCUCUGCACAAUCCUAGUUAUAGUCGGAGUACUCAUCCUAAUCUUCUGGCUCAUCGUCCGCCCUCAAGAAAUCAAAGUCCACGCUUCCGAUGCUUCUCUUACUACCUUCAACUUCACCCAGAACGACAAUCUCAACUACAAUCUCGCCGUCAACUUCAGCAUCCGAAACCCGAACCGACGCCUCGGAGUCUAUUAUGAUUCAAUCGAAGCGAAUGCGAUUUACGCCGGCCAAAGAUUCAGCACUGUACAAGGGCCUGUAUUCUACCAGGGACACAAAAAUACAACAGAUUUUGGACCUGUGAAUUUCAGGGGACAACAUAUUGUUAUUCUUGGAAGUGGUGAUAAAUCUGAUUAUGAGAAACAGACUACUGAUGGGCUUUAUGAAAUUCAAUUGAAGAUGCAUUUGAGGGUCAGAUUUAGGCUUGGAUUAUUCAAGACUGGAACAUGGAAGCCUAAGAUUAAGUGUGAUUUGAAGGUUCCAAUUGAAGGACAUUCUGGGCAAUUUGAGAGGACAAAGUGCAGCUAUGAUCUUUGAUUCUAUUUUGUUAAUUUCGUGUUCUUGGAUUUUGAUUUUGAUGAUUUGGGGAUUAUUUGAUUUGUUUUAGAGGGUUACAUAGUAGAAUUUAUGGUUUUCAUAUGAAUAAAAUGUUACACACUUAAUAUUCAUGUAAAUUUAAUAAAAAUAUUAAUGGUUUGAUUAA